AUGUCAUGCCACUCGUUCCAGCCGGGCUCCAGAUGUGGCAAUAAGAGCUUCAGCUCCUACUCGGCUGUCAUACCCCGGAUGGUCACCUACCAAGCUGUGAGCAAGAGACUAUGCCGGCCUGGGGGCAGCGGAGGCCUCCGACCCCUGGGCUGCCUUGGCUCACGGAGCCUGUGCAAUGUGGGCUUCGGGAGGCCCCAGGUUGCCUCCAGGUGUGGCCUGCCUGGCUUCGGGUACCGAGUGGGGGCUGCCUGCAGGCCUUCUGCCUGCAUCACCCCUGUCACCAUCAAUGAGAGCCUGCUGAUCCCACUGGAGCUGGAGAUCGACCCGAACGUGCAGAGGGUGAAGAGGGACGAGAAGGAGCAGAUCAAGUGCCUCAAUAACCGCUUUGCAUCCUUCAUCAACAAGGUCCGGUUCCUGGAGCAGAAGAACAAGCUGCUGGAAACCAAGUGGAACUUCAUGCAGCAGCAGAGGUGCUGCCAGAGCAACAUUGAGCCCAUCUUUGAGAGCUACAUCUGUGCCCUUCGGCAGCAGCUGGACUGUGUGUCUGGGGACCACGUGAGGCUAGAGUCGGAGCUCUGCAGCCUCCAGGAUGUGCUGGAGGGCUACAAGAAAAAAUAUGAAGAGGAGCUCUCCCUGCGACCCCGUGCCGAGAAUGAGUUUGUUGCCUUGAAAAAGGAUGUGGACACAGCCUUCCUGAUGAAGGCUGACCUGGAGACCAAUGCCGAGGCUCUAGUCCAGGAGAUCGACUUCCUGAAAGGCCUGUAUGAGGAGGAGGUCUGCCUGCUCCAGUCUCAGAUCUCUGAGACCUCAGUCAUUGUGAAGAUGGACAACAGCCGGGAGCUGGACGUGGACAGCAUCAUUGCUGAGAUCAAGGCUCAGUAUGAUGACAUCGCCAGCCGCAGCAAAGCCGAAGCAGAGGCCUGGUACCAGUGCCGGUAUGAGGAGUUGAGGCUGACAGCUGGGAACCACCGUGACAACCUCCGCAGCCGCAAGAAUGAGAUCCUGGAAAUGAACAAGCUGAUCCAGAGAUUGCAGCAAGAAAUUGAGAAUGUCAAAGCCCAGCGCUGCAAACUUGAGGGGGCUGUGGCCGAGGCAGAGCAGCAGGGUGAGGCGGCCCUCAGAGAUGCCCGCUGCAAGCUGACCGGGCUGGAGGAGGCCCUGCAGAAGGCCAAGCAGGACAUGGCCUGCCUGCUUAAGGAGUACCAGGAGGUGAUGAACUCCAAGCUGGGUCUGGACAUUGAGAUCGCCACCUACAGGCGCCUGCUGGAGGGCGAGGAGCACAGGCUGUGUGAAGGCAUUGGGCCUGUGAAUAUCUCCGUGAGCAGCUCCAAAGGCACCAUCCUUUAUGAGCCAUGUGCGGUCAGCACACCUGUGCUGAGGACUGAGCACUGCCCAGGAAGCACGAGCGUCCUCAGGAGCAGCGGGGGCUGCAGCGUCGUGGGCACUGGGGAACUCUACAUCCCCUGUGAGCCCCAGGGGCUCCUGGGCAGCGGGAGCAGGUGGAACUCUGGCGUGAAGUUAGGGGUGGGGGGCAGCUCCUGUGGCCACAAGUGUUAG